GGCCCGGCUGCCGUGAGCCGCGCUGCCCGGCUCGGCGAGGCGCUUCCUCGCUGCCCGGCGGUCUCGCGCCCUUGGGGGGCGGUCGCCGCGGGACAUGGCGCUGCUGCAGCUGCUGCUCAGGGGCCCCCGCUGGCGGCGACUCGGCCUGGCGGGGCCCGCCCGGAGCUGGGGCCGGCCUCGGGGCGGCGGAGUGCUCCCGACCCUUCUGUCCCGAACACUUUCCCCCACAUUUGAAGGGCUCAGUGGACUCUUAGUGAAGCAACAUGUAAUUCGGGAUCCAGUGAGACUCUGGAAACUCUUAGGUGGCACUUACUAUUUUAGUACCUCAGGGUCUCGGUGGAAUAGCAGUAAGAAUGAAGGAUCCAAAGGGAAGUCUCCAGAGGAGGAUGAGGAGGAAAAGAAACGCAAGGAACGGGAAGAUCAGAUGUAUCGUGAGCGUUUGCGGACGCUCUUCCUGAUAGCUGUCAUUAUGAGCCUGCUAAAUUCACUGACCAUCAGCGGGGUCAACAUUUCCUGGAAUGACUUUGUGAAUGAGAUGCUGGCGAAGGGGGAGGUCCAGAGCAUUCAGGUGGUUCCAGAGAGUGAUAUUGUGCAAAUUUAUCUGCACCCAGGAGCUGUUGUAUUUGGACGGCCUAGGCUUGCCCUGAUGUACAGGAUGCAGGUGGCAAAUAUUGACAAGUUUGAAGAGAAGCUGCGAGCAGCGGAGGAGGAGUUGAAUAUUGAUGUGAAGGACAGGAUCCCAGUCUCCUACAAACGCACAGGCUUUUUUGGAAAUGCCCUUUAUGCCCUGGGAAUGGCAGCUGUUGGUGUAGCCAUAUUGUGGUACAUCUUCCGCCUUGCUGGGAUGGCAGGAAGGGAAGGAGGAUUCAGCGCUUUUAACCAGCUGAAAAUGGCUCGUUUUACCAUUGUGGAUGGGAAGUCUGGGAAAGGGAUCAGCUUCAAGGACGUAGCAGGAAUGCACGAGGCCAAAAUGGAGGUCAAGGAAUUUGUGGAUUAUCUGAAGAGCCCAGAGCGCUACCUCCAGCUUGGGGCCAAAGUGCCCAAAGGUGCCUUGUUACUUGGACCACCAGGCUGUGGAAAGACCUUGUUGGCAAAGGCAGUGGCUACAGAGGCACAAGUGCCGUUCCUGGCAAUGGCUGGCUCUGAGUUUGUGGAGGUAAUAGGAGGUCUUGGAGCUGCUCGUGUAAGGAGCCUCUUCAAAGAAGCCAGGGCUCGUGCCCCGUGUAUUGUGUAUAUUGAUGAAAUAGAUGCUGUGGGUAAGAAACGCUCAACCAACAUGUCCGGCUUUUCCAACACUGAGGAGGAGCAGACCUUAAACCAGCUGCUGGUAGAAAUGGAUGGGAUGGGAACCACAGAUCAUGUCAUAGUGUUGGCUUCCACCAACCGUGCUGACAUCUUGGAUAAUGCUCUGAUGAGACCCGGGAGGCUUGACAGACACAUUUUUAUUGAUCUUCCCACGCUCCAGGAGAGAAGAGAGAUCUUCGAACAGCACCUAAAGAGUCUGAAGCUGACCCAGGCUGGCAGCUUCUAUUCCCAGCGCCUGGCUGAGCUCACCCCAGGAUUCAGUGGCGCUGACAUAGCAAACAUCUGUAAUGAGGCUGCUCUCCAUGCUGCCAGGGAAGGCUAUAAAUCCAUUGAUACUUUCAACUUGGAGUAUGCUGUAGAGAGAGUCAUUGCAGGCACUGCCAAAAAGAGUAAGAUCCUGUCGCAGGAGGAGCGAAGGGUAGUGGCAUUUCAUGAGUCAGGCCAUGCACUGGUUGGCUGGCUGCUGGAACACACAGAGGCUGUGAUGAAGGUUUCCAUAGCCCCUCGAACAAAUGCUGCCCUGGGAUUUACUCAGAUCCUCCCAAAAGACCAGUACCUCUUCACCAAGGAGCAGCUGUUUGAGAGAAUGUGCAUGGCGUUGGGAGGGAGAGUGUCUGAAGCCAUCACCUUUAACAAAGUCACGACGGGAGCAGAGGAUGACCUGAGGAAAGUGACCAAGAUGGCCUAUUCGAUGGUGAAGCAGUAUGGAAUGGUGCCCAGCAUUGGGCAUCUUUCUUUCCCAGAGAUGGAGAGCAUGCCCGGGAUAGGUCGGCGCCCCUUCAGCCAGGGGCUUCAGCAAAUGAUGGACCAUGAAGCAAAAGUGCUGGUGGCUCAAGCAUAUAGGCACACAGAGAAACUCUUACUGGACAACCGGGGCAAACUGCAAACGCUGGCGAAUACCCUCCUGGAGAAGGAAGUGAUAAACUAUGAGGACAUGGAAGCCCUGAUUGGGCUCCCUCCUCAUGGGCCAAAGAAAAUGAUCGUUCCUCAGAGCUGGCUUGAAGCAGAGAGAGACAAACAAGACACAGGCGAUGAAGAGCCACCCCAGCAACCCCGCACCCGGGAAGAGGAGGAGGAACCCAGUUUGAGACCAGUAUGAAACCCAUUCCUGAUCCGGAAUGGGAGAGGAGGGCUUUAAAGGCUUCCUUCUAGCACCAUACCUGAGUCUUCCCCUUUCAGCUGCAGGGUCAAAGGCACUGAGAGACCAGAGCAGGGGAUCUGUGUGUUGCCGAUAUCCUGCCCCUAACUUCUGGGUUUCUCAGCUACUGUGCAAGGCAGGCUGUCUUCAGGAAGGGAUUCUGCAACUGGUUAUCUCUGGGGUUGGGGAUUCCUGAUGCAAGCUCAGAUGUAGUUGGUCAUGUGAGGCAGAAAGGGGUAAUGCAUGGGUUCAGAAUUAAUUUAAAUGCUAAACUCUCUUUUGGGCUCAGCGCAGUGUAAACACUCUUAGGAGCUGGAUUUCUUGUCAACAUUCAACAUCUGUGCUGUGAUAUGGGUGUGCGCUGUCAUUCCUUCCCGUGCCAGAGCUUCGGAAGUGUCUCUCUGUCCGGCACAAUCGUGGAGUCCAUUCGGAAGGGCUCAAGGCAGUUUAAGACACAGUAGUUACCACAUGACUUGACUGUACCCUUUGAUUAUCUCUGCUCAGAGUUUAAAAAUAUACUGACUGAGAGAACAAGGUU